AGAGAGAGAGAGAGAGAGAGAUGGCAGCCAUGAUGCCCGGAGGAAUGAUGUCAAUGCCAUCCCCUGCAAUGACGAUGUCCAACAGCACCACCGGUAUGAGUAUGAUGUCGCACAUGACCUUCUUCUGGGGGAAGAAUGCAGAGAUUCUAUUCUCAGGUUGGCCAGGAAGCAACACAGGGAUGUACGUGCUGGCCUUGAUUGUGGUGUUCGUCCUAGCAGUGCUCGCGGAGGGUCUCUCCCAUUGCCGACUCAUAAAAUCUGGGACCAACAAUGUGGUGGCAGGGUUGCUUCAGACUCUUAUGCACACCAUCCGUAUGGGGUUUGUUUACUUAGUGAUGCUUGCUCUCAUGUCAUUCAAUGGCGGUGUCUUCAUCGUCGCCGUUGCCGGUCACGCCCUCGGCUUCUUGCUUUUCGGCAGUACGGUUUUUAGAGGUGACCCUCUGGUCAUUCCCAUGUCUCCUCAGAAACCCUCCGAUCUCCCUCCCAUGAGGUGCUGAUUAGUACUGGACUGUUUGAUACCAUGCCAUGCAUGAUCAUCCCCCAUCCCUAAAUAAAUAAAUAAAAAUUGUUUGGUUCUCUAUAUGCAGAAUCUUCCUCUUAU